CAACCCUGCUGCAGGAUGGCUCAAGCAUAUCUCUCGUAAAUAACAACAUCCAAAAUCAGCCUGGCUUAAACCCUGUGCAGCAGCAACAAGCUCCUCCCAAAAUGGCUCAGGCUGUGCCAGUCCCUGCACCUUCACUGCCAUCAGAGUCCCUCACGCCCGUCGUGAACAGGAGCAGACUGACAGAGCUGGUGCGGGAGGUGGACCCCAACGAGCAGCUGGAUGAGGAGGUCGAGGAGGCGCUGCUGGCCAUUGCUGACGACUUCAUCGAGUCGAGCGUGAACGCCGCGUGCCGUCUGGCCAAGCACAGAGGCGCGCGUACCUUGGACGUCAGAGACCUGCACAUGUAUUUAGAGCGCUCGUGGCACAUGUGGAUCCCUGGGUUCGGCACAGAGGAGCUGCGGCCGUACAAGCGGGCGCCCACCACAGAGGCGCAUAAGCAGAGGAUGGCUCUUAUACGCAAGGCUGUCAAGAAAUAUUAGCUUUAAGUACCCUUAUAUAAUAAUUAUAUUUUCUAUACUAAAUUCAUGUGUGAACGUGAUAUUUUAUCCUUAUAACCCGAACACAUGACUGCCCAAUGAUGUAGGUGAGGUACGUUUGUUGAACGUUUUGAUGGUACGUCUCAUUUGGGAGUUUGGAUAGCAUAAGCUUAACUUCCGUAUUAUUUUGGCAUCAGCUGGUAUCAAUGCUGGUUGAAAAGUGAAUAAUGAAUGUGAAUGAUAAGUAUUAGUGAAUUUGUCACGUGUUCAUAUACCGUGCUUCCUCAGUGUGAAAGUUUAUUGUAAUGAUCGUGUGGAGUUAUAUUUUAUGAACCGCUUUCGUAUUGCAUCGUUUCGUUUCUGUUAGACUGAGCACCAAUGUUGUACGAUCGCAUAUACUGAAAGCUUUUAUUUCAUCAUUUCUUGUGUAUUUGGUGGUUACCAGUCUAUUAAAGUACCUAUCGGUGGUGCAGUCAAAAGUUAUUACCACGGAAUGAUGUCUUCUCCAUGACAGAGUAUGAAGUUCGCGUUUACAAAAGCAUUGAUCUUGGGCGCACCGCCUCGAAGCUCGCGAUGUCUGACGAGCUUGACGUGAAUACAUUAUUGCAUAUUCGAAUUUUCACUUAUCGAAGAUGCCAACGCAAUAGUUUCCUUUAUUUAUAACGAAUAUAAUUAGUAUAUCACUAGUACCUGCGGUUUCGCCCAGCAGAGUACAUUGUAUUAUACGUGCGCGUUCGUUUUUAUAGCAUAAGUGAGCUAUUAAACUUGAAUGUAAAGUCACGUUUCAUUCUCAAUAAUUUCAUAAGAGUCAUUUCGUCCGCAUAGGGCGAUUAUCUGAGAAUGUAAAAAUUCUUUCGGAUUGCUUCACAAUUGAAUGUUAAAUAUAUAAUCAAUCAUU